CAUGUUGGCAGGAUGACCCAGAAAGCAGGCCUGACAUUCAAUAUGUUGAAACAAGGCUUAAUGGAAUGGUUUCAAGCUCAAAUAUAGUUGAUAAAGAGAAAAAUGACAAGCAACAAAAAAAUGAGGAUAGUAGUUCGUUCAGUCAUCCCAAUACUAUUUUAACAGAACCUACUAAUAUGAAAUUCAAAGUAAUUUAUAUUUUACAACAAAUCAUUUUACAGGACAUAACAGACAUACCAAUAGAAAGCUCAGAUUCUUCAAACAAUGGACAUAAAGAUAAUCAAUGGCAAACAAGUUUUAUUAAUUUUAAUAUUCAAUCAUUAGAAAAAAGAAAUGUUUACUCUGGAUAUGAUACAUUGGAUUAUGAAGCUCCCCAAACAUUUAAUAGUAAUGAUGGAGAAUUUAAAAUUGAACUACAAGAAAUUCCUUCACCACAAUUAUCCAAAUCAACAUCACCUCCUCCAAUUAGUCAAGACAGCAAAGAAACAAAGGAUGAGCCAAACAAUAGAAUAAUCAAUGAAGACAAAGAAAUUAUUGAUAAAUCUAAUGAUAAUUGGUUAGAAUGGCUAAAUGAGGCAAUUCAGAAUGAACAUAUUAAUUUUCAUGAAUAUAGUAGAUUUAAAAAUCUUCAAAAGAUUGGUGAUGGUGGUUCUGCAAAA